AUGAGCAGCCUGGCAAUGCCACAGGAUAAGAAGAGGGAGUAUGCCAGAAAGGCAACUCAAAAACGAGUGGGGAGCACAUCCAGGAAGCCUCCCCCUGUGGAAGAGCACCUCGAGAAAUUCGAGGUCGCAAAGGAAAUUGACAGCGAUACCCGGACCUUCCUGAAGAAUGCGAUGAAGCAGGAUCGGUUGUGUGCCACGCUGGAUGAUGCAGAGAUCGAGUCCAUUCUGAACACUGUGAAGUUUUUCAAGUUCGACAAGGGCACGCCCAUUAUCCAGGAGGGCCGUCUUGGAACAACGUUCUUUGUGACGCAGACAGGAUCGAUGGAAGUAAGUGUGAAGGGCAUCACCUGCAACACCAUUGGUGCAGGCUGUGCCUUUGGUGGUCUGGCGCUGUUGUACAACUGUCCCAGGACUGCGACCGUCAAGGCCACAGCGGAUAGCGAGGUCUGGGGCGCGAGUGGCAUUGCCUUCAAGCAGAGCCUCCAGCAGAACGCCACCAAACACCAGGCUGAAACCCUCAAGUUUUUGGAUUCCAUGAGCAUCUUCGAGGGCCUCACCAAGAAGCAGAAGACCUGCGUGGCAGAGGCGACCUUCUCCGAAGUCUUCGAAGACAAGGCUCGGGUUGUGACGGCCGGCGACAUGCAGACCGCCAUCUACUUUGUAAAGAAAGGCGAACUGGGCGUGUACUCGGGCGGACAUGUCAAAAGCACGGGGGAGUUCGUAGAUGGCUCUGAAAUUGGACGGCUCGGGCCGAAUGACUGCUUCGGAGAGUCGCAAGUGGUUUCGAAGGAGCCGUUUAACAUCACCAUCCUGUCCAGCGGUCGCUCGGAGCUUCUCUGCGUGAGUGUGGCAGAACUCAAGGUCAUUGUUGGAGAUGAUCUGGGGGCCGUCUUGGAGCGGAAUGCGAUAUCGCAGGGGCUCAAGAAAUGUCCAGUGAUCUCGCAGUUCACGGCCGGGCAAAGAGCGGAGCUCAUGAAGUGGGUCGUCGUUAAGGACUACGCUGCAGGAGCCGAGGCAGAUGCAGCGGCCAGGAUACUUAUCGUGCUGGACGGCUCGUUGUCCGGGCUUGAAAAGGACAAAGAGGUCAAGCUCGCACGUGGUGACUGGAUUGAGGAUGAGGCAUUGCUGAAUAGCAGCAGCAAAGAAAGCUCAAUCAAGAACAUGAAGUCGGGGUCCGAGGGUGCUAAGGUGGCAAUGUUGACCCGAGACGGAAUGGCAUCUGCCUUGAAAGCCUUGGGGGUUUCUAUCGCCAACAGCGAAAACGAUGCAUCGGAUUUCACGCGGAAGAUGAUCCUGGCCAAGAAGGUUCACAUCUUCAGGCAUCUUUCCGAGGAGCAGACCAAAAAGGUCGUUGAGUCGUUUGUAACCAUGAAGUUCUCUCAGGGCGCCACUGUGAUCGAGCAAGGAACCCCUGGGACAUCCUUUUUUGUUAUCGCCAACGGCGAGCUGGAGGUCUUCAUUAACGACAAGAGUGUGAGGCGAAUGACCCGAAAUUCCUACAUUGGUGAGCGCGCGCUCCUUUUCCAUGAGCCUCGAACAGCCACGGUGAAGGUGGUCUCACCCGAUGCGGAGCUCUGGGCCAUCGAGAAGGCGACGUUUGAAAAGAUUAUCGCGGGCAACAUGCAGCAGCAGCUGAUGAAUCGCAUCAGGCUGCAGGAUACCAAUUUUGGCUUAAAGGACCUGAUCCAGGUCAAGGUCAUCGGUGCAGGUGCUGCUGGGGUCGUCCGCUUGGUCGAGCACAAGUCGACGGGGAUGCGGUAUGCGCUCAAGCGAGUAAAGAAAGUGGAUGGAGAGGUCCCGGAGGAGGUGCAGCGCGAGUGCUCCCUUCUGAAAGACAUCGAUCACCCCUUCAUCAUGACACAGGUGAAUACCUUCGAGACCAAGAAGAGUGUCUACAUUCUCACGGAGCUUAUCACUGGAGGAGAGCUGCACGGCGCAAUCAGAGAGAUACCGACCGUCCUCUCCAGGGCUCAGGCCCAGUUCUAUACGGGCUCUUUGGUUAUCGUCCUGGAGGAGCUUUCUGAGCGGAACAUCUUGUAUAGAGACCUGAAGCCGGAAAAUGUGAUGCUUGACGCACAGGGCUACUUGAAGCUGAUCGACUUCGGCAUCGCUAAGAAGCUGCCAGAAGGGGAGAGCAAGACCUUCACAAUGAUCGGCACGCCGCACUACAUGGCCCCGGAGGUGAUGCGGGGCCACGGCUAUGGAACAGAGGUUGACCUGUGGUCCAUGGGGGUCAUGCUCUACGAGUUCGUUUGUGGCUAUCUCCCGUUUGCCGAUGACCUGGACGACCCCACCGAGGUGUGCACUGCAGUCCUGAAGGACUCUUCGACCCGGCACGGCGAAAUUCGAGACAUGCUCAUUUGGUUUUAUGCAUGCCUUGCCGCCUGCCUGCCUGCCUGCUAUCCUGUCUACACGCAUGAUCAUGCAUGGACGUAUGGUGCAUGUGCCUCCAUGUCUCUAUCCGAGCUGUUGUGCGAGUGGGGCUGA